GUCAGGCACAAGGAUCCUCCUCCACUGCCUCUGAGCUUCUCUCAACUUGAAGCCACUUGCUCUGCUCGGAAGAAAAGGAAAGCAAGAUGGACGUCUCUUCCUCAUCCAUCCUUCUGCUCCCGCUCCUCCUCCUCCUGCUCUGCUCCCUCCCGUCGCUCGCCUCCGCCUGCGACCGCUGCGCGCACCGCUCCAGAGCCGCCUUCUACACCUCCUCGCUCACCCUCGCCGCCGGGUCCUGCGGGUACGGCGCGGCGGCCGCGUCCCUCAACGGCGGACUGCUCGCCGCGGCGGGCCCGGCCCUGUACAGGCAAGGCGUCGGCUGCGGCGCGUGCUUCCAGGUGCGGUGCAAGGACGGGGAGCUCUGCGGCACCGCCGGCGUGAGGGUCGUCGUCACGGACCGCGCGAGGACCAAGGAGAACGGCACGGACCUCGUGCUGAGCAGCCCGGCGUUCGCCGCCAUGGCCCGCCCUGGCAUGGCCGGGCGGCUCGCCAAGCUCGGCGCCGUCGACGUCGAGUACAAGAGGGUGCCGUGCGAGUACAAGGGCAAGAACCUCUCGCUGCGGGUGGAGCAGAGGAGCCGCGCGCCGAGCGAGCUGGCCGUCACGAUCCUCUACCAGGGCGGCCAGACCGACAUCGUCGCCGUCGACGUCGCGCAGGUCGGUGCGUCGUCGAGCUGGAGGUCCCUGACGCGCGACCACGGGCCGGCAUGGAGCACGAGCCUGGCGCCGCCGGGGCCGCUGCAGCUCAGGGCGGUGGUGACCGGCGGAUACGACGGCAAGUGGGUCUGGGCCGACCGGGAGGUCCUGCCCCGCCACUGGCGCGCCGGCGAGGUCUACGACACCGGCGUGCAGAUCACCGACAUCGCGCAAGAAGCCUGCUUCCCCUGCGACACGCAGGAGUGGAGGUGACCGGCGCCGAGGCAAGCAGACGACAAGCCAAGAGGAGGAGCUAAGCUCCAAAAUCGUGGCUGGGCAUCGAACGAACGGUCAGAGGCUCCUCGUCACUGCCGCUGGAAAUUUCGGCUGGGCUUGGAAUUGGAAGGAUAGAGAUUAGUAACUGACGCAGCGGCACCUAGAGCCCUCGUUGCUUAUCCAACUCUUGUGGACAUACAUGCAUGAGCUGCAGCUGACGUGUGAGAGUAGUAUGUACAGUAGCAACCAUGAAGCGAUAAAUGAGUAGCGAGGCCGUGGCCUGAAUCCCCGGCCAAAAUACAAAAUCCGGCGACUUUUCUCAUCA